UUCAAAGCUGCGGAGACUUUAGGAGGUUCGUGAUUGCUCUACUCUGCUCUCUCUGGGAAGAAUCCUACUGAUCCCUCUAAAGGCUUCCUGCAGUAGCCACAGCAAGAUCUCUGCUGUCAGACAUAAUCUGUCCUUCAGCGGUGCUGCUCCUAGCUAGAAGCGUGCAGUCACCAUGGAGCAUCACUGUGGUCUGAUCACUAGCAACAAAGAGACAGUACCACUGAAGAACAUCUCAGUAACAUUGUCCAUCAAUGACUUUGUGGCUGCUGUGGCGGCAACCUUAAAUUAUGAGAAUGAGGAGAAAGUCCCAUUAGAGGCAACCUUUGUGUUUCCUAUGGAUGAAGACUCUGCUGUCUACAGCUUUGAAGCCUUGGUGGAUGGGAAGAAAAUUGUGGCAGAGUUGCAGGAUAAGAUGAAGGCUCACAGUGAGUAUGAGGAAGCCCUCUCCCAGGGCCACCAAGCAUACUUAUUGGAAGAGGAUGACUAUUCCAGAGAUGUCUUUUCUUGCAAUGUGGGGAACCUGCAGCCUGGAGCUAAGGUUGCAGUUACCCUGAGGUAUGUGCAGGAACUGCCCUUGGAAACAGAUGGGGCCCUGCGCUAUCUGCUCCCAGCAAUCUUGAAUCCAAGAUAUCAGCUUUCUGAACAGUCAGCAAACAGUUGCUUGAACAUCCAGAAACCCACAGUCCCUUUGGAGGACCUGCCUUACACACUCAACAUGACUGCCACCAUCACUUCCCAGCAUGGUAUUGAAAGGGUCCAGUCCAAUUGCUCUUUGAGCCCUAUUCAGUACCUUACAGAUGACAAGACUUCUGCUCAGGUUUCCUUGACUGAAGGGCACAAGUUUGACCGGGAUGUGGAACUCCUGAUUUACUACAGUGAAGUGCACAGCCCCAGUGUAGCUGUGGAAAUGGGGAUGCUGGACAUGAAGCCAGACAGUUUGAUGGGAGCUCCUUCUGCAAUGGUGAGUUUCUACCCAGAUAUCCCAGAAGUGGAAGCCUCAAAGGUCUGUGGAGAAUUUGUGUUUCUCAUGGACCGUUCAGGAAGUAUGGGCUCCCCCAUGAGCACAGAGAACAAUUCUCAGCUACGCAUAGAGGCUGCCAAGGAAACUCUGUUGCUGUUGCUGAAGAGUUUACCUAUGGGUUGUUAUUUUAAUAUCUAUGGAUUUGGAUCUUCCUAUGAAAAAUUCUUUCCGGAGAGUGUGAAGUACACUCAGGAUACAAUGGAGGACGCAGUGAAAAGAGUGAAGGCUUUAAAAGCCAAUUUAGGGGGUACUGAAAUCUUGACACCCCUCUGCAACAUUUACAAGGCAUCCUCCAUUCCUGGUCAUCCCCUACAGCUCUUUGUCUUCACGGAUGGAGAAGUGAGUGACACAUUUAGUGUCAUUAGAGAAGUUAAGUUAAACAGCAAGAAACACAGAUGUUUCUCAUUUGGAAUUGGACAAGGAGCCUCGACCAGUUUAAUCAAAAAUAUCGCCCGGGUAUCAGGGGGUACUGCAGUGUUUAUCACAGGCAAGGACAGGAUGCAGAGCAAGGCUCUUGGGUCUCUCAAGUUUGCUCUACAGUGUGCAGUGGAUAAUAUCUCUCUAAGUUGGGAUUUGCCUCCUGGUUUGUCUAUUAAAAUGCUUUCUCCAGAGCAACUUACCAUCUUUAGGGGUCAGAGGUUAAUCAUCUAUGCACAACUGACUGGGCUUAUGCCUCAAGUGGAGACAGGAGCAGUGUGCCUCAAGCACAUCCUCCAGGGUAGGAGUCUGGAAAACACGGUGACAUUUUCCCUGCAACCAAAGGCUAAUGCCAAUUUCACCAUUCAUCGGUUGGCUGCAAAGUCCUUGAUUCAGACUAAGGAUUUUGGAUCCCAGGAGGCCUCAAAAGAAGAAAAAGAAGAUGUGAUGAACAUCAGCCUUCAGUCUGGAGUCCUUAGCUCCUUCACAGCCUUCAUUGCCAUAAACAAGGAGCUGAACAAACCAGUUCAGGGGCCUCUGGCCCACAGAGUGAUUCCUAGGCCAAUGAUGGCUGGAACUAGUAUGCGGUCCUACUCUAAUUUCUCUGGUGGCUUUAAACGCUCACAACUAAGAAGUUUAUGUGUACCAGCAUAUGAUUUAUGUUUAGCAGAAAGUCCUAUUCCUACCCUAGAAAAAUCUGCGCGUUCUGGUAUUCAGAAGAAAAAGACAAAUUCUUCUACCAACAAAAGCAACUUGAAAAAGGAACAUAAAGCAUUUGGAGAGGAUGUUGUGGUACAGCUGAUUUGUCUCCAAAAGGCAAAUGGCUCCUGGGAGCUAGAUGAAGAUUUGACCAAGAUCCUGGGCCCUAAGUCAAAAGACAUCAAGGCUGCAAACCCUGCCAAGCAUGAGGACCCCUCAGCCUGGGCCACAGUGCUGGCUGUGGUCUGGUUGCAUGCCAACGGCACAGACUUAAAGUGUGAAUGGGAGCUUCUGGAAAGGAAGGCUGUGGCCUGGCUUCAUGACCAUGCAGGUUCCUCCAUCCCCAUGCUUGUGCAAGCUGCCAAUAGUCUCCUGAAAUUAUCUGUGAAUCCUGCUGUGUUUGGCGUCUAAAGAUGUCACCCAUGAAAGGAGAGCCUUUUCUGGCAACCACUGAGUCCCUUAUUUUCUAAUCCCUAUCAUUUCUUUUGUCAGAAGUUAACAUAGUCUCCCACCAUGUUUUCUUAAUUGAGGCUUUUAUUUUAUUCAUAUGCAGAAUGGCACACAAAGUUUCAAGACCAUUUACAACAUAAUUACAAUAUAAUGAUUGGCAUGAGAUCUAUAGUAAUCAUGCAGCAUUAACCAUGAUCAGUGCUUAAAUCAAUACCCUGCAUUAUUGUUAUCCAUUCUCUACGCAGAGCCAUGUAGUACGGUCAACAAAUGGCUUUAAACUCAUAGAAUAGCCCUACCAGUUAGCACAGACAUGAUGGAUGCUCCUCAGUCGAGGCAGUACUACUAGAACUAUGUGUCCUGAGGACCUCAUGCUGUUAUGAAUUUUUGCCCUGCCCAUUGCCUUCACAUCCCUCUUAAUCUAAGGAUUGUAUGAAAAGUCUAAUCAGGCUUCCAGCCCCUCACUGGGGAGUAUCAUUGACAUUAAGCAAUAAUAAUGCCUAAUAUCUUUCAGGCAUUGUUGCUGAAGCAGAUUAGUGAUCCAAGUACUACCAUAGGAAAGAACUUAAAAAGAUGUGGAUUUUCAGCAAUGUUCACCACCCUUAAAACCUUUAUUUGGAAAAAUAAAGUUUUUAGUAAACCUA